GUUAAGCGACGCAGCUGUCUCGAAGUUCCAGUCAGUGGGCCAUUGACCAGUUUCCUUACGGACCUUGGAUUUGAACAUCGAUUUGAUUUUGUUGCUACUGGCCAGAUCUUUGUUCGAGGUCGUGUGAAGGCGAUUGUAUCGCUUAUCAACGAGGUGACGCAAUCGAUUGUUUCCUCCAAUCCAGUUGAUGGUUGCUUCACGGAUAUAGUUCCGGAGAAGUGGAGGCCGUUGGCACCACAUGUCUGGCUGGUAGAGGUUAGUGUGGUGGGCAGUCCAGCAGACGAGAGUCUGCACGAAGAGUUACUCGAGUUCAUGGACUUGCUACGGCCGCUUGUCACGCCGGGACAGGUUGAUCACGCUAUGCUUAUGUGCCAGAACUAG